AUGGCUUCUAUUCUUCAGUUUUGGCAUAUUACCAGGUUAGGGACUGAUGGAGGCAUCUUGGAUGCAGAGCUGCAAACACUGGCUGAUUGUUCAGGCGAUGAUGUCUUGCUUGUAAAUGCCAAACCCACUGAGCCGUCCCUUAACCCUCGCUUAUGGCCUCUAUACAAGCGCAUACUGUGCACAGUCCUGGCCACAUCUGUGGGUUUUAUUGUCAGCUGGGCGGGGUCCAUCACAUCGGCGGCUGCUAAGAAUGCGAGUGUGGAAUUUGGUGUGAGCGAGACGGUUGAAUCUCUGGCAACAGGUUUAUACUUUAUCGGUUUUGGUCUUGGAUCGCUUCUUGCCGGCCCAAUAUCUGAAACACUUGGUCGCAAUGCCAUAUAUAUUGUUGCCAUGACUCUAUUCAUGGUUUUCAUUGCUGCAUCUGGAGCGGCGCCCAACAUUGAAGCACAACUUAUCUUCCGUUUCCUGGCUGGCUUCUUUGGCAACACCCCAUUGACAUGUGCCGGUGGCAGCCUAGCGGAUCUGUGGAGUCCCGAAGAAAGAGUGAUUGUGGUUCCAAUUUACUCUGUUGGUAUAUUCGAUGGAUCUGCUCUCGGUCCAGUUGUUGGUGGUUGGGUUGCCCAAGGUGCAAGCUCUGGAGCCUUAUCAUGGCGUUGGGUUGAGUGGAUCACGCUGUGUAUCUCAGCUGUCAUACUGUUGCUCAUUGUUCUCUUUCUCCCCGAGACAUACGCGCCUGUCCUCCUGCAGUGGAAAGCCCAUUCGAUUCGCACACAGACCAAAGACAGCCGCUAUCGAGCACCAAUCGAGGUGACUGGGGAGCCUCUAAUAAAGCGCCUUAAGAGUGCGAUGCAACGGCCCUUUGCUUUCCUCGUGAGAGAGCCCAUUAUCAUCGCCAUUGCUCUAUAUUUGGUUCUGCUCUACGUCGUGUUUUUCACAUUUCUGAAUGGAUUUCCCUUCAUAUUUGGGAAUACCUAUCAUUGGGGUUCUGGACUUACAGGUACAGCAUUUAUGGCUAUUUUCAUUGGCCAGCAUUUACCGCUGACCCUGAUGCCAAUCACGAGAAAAUGGGCAGCGCUAUACAAGGCCAGGCGUGAAGCGGAUGGCGCGCAGGAUAUCGACCCCCCUGAGAAUAGGCUUUGGAUGGCCAUGGUCGGAGCAAUUGCACUGCCAAUCAGCCUAUUCUGGUUGGGCUGGACUGCGUACCCCGAUAUCAGUCCUUGGUCAGGGCUGGCGGCUGGGGUGCUCUUCGGAUUUGCCUGCGUCACCAUUUAUAUAGGGUUCUACAUGUACGUUAUCGAUACUUAUGCCACGUACGCUGCAUCAGGAUUGGCGAGUACUACAGUUCUCCGCUAUGUUGUUGCGGGAGCGAUGAUCGCACCGUCAAUACCUAUGUACGCACGCCUAGGGAGCCAGUGGACAUUGACGCUAUUCGGGGUUCUGAGUGUCAUCAUGGGGACAUUGCCUUUUAUUUUCUUCCGUUACGGCUUCCUUUUGAGAAGCAAAAGUUUCUUUGUUCAGCAGCUCCGUUGA